CUUAAAGGGCGGGAACUGUACAUGGCUGGACACGUGACUGAUGUUCAAAGUUCAGUUAUUUACGUGUUUUAUAAGAGACCAAAGGCGAAUGUUCGCACAGAUGGAGGAGAGGUGUCUGAGGUUUUACUUCAACAUGAAGCUUUGUAGAAAAAAAGAAGAAUAAAUAAAAUCUGAAGGUAAGACACUGUCCUCUCAGCUGUUCGGGAUGCCGCGAUUUCACCGCAGCAGUCCAGAACAGCUCUGCUGAGCUAGCAGUGACCCGGUCUGACUCCUCCGCCCCCCCCUCUCCCGCGUACGGUCUCCCAGAUGGCGUUAAUUAUCGGCUUAUUAUCUCCAGACAAGGCUGACAUCAUUAUCACCGGCUGUAGCUGCUAAUUCACCUGAGUUCACAUAGCAUCUUGCAAAACCAGUGCAUCUAAAGCACCCCCACCACCACCACAUGCCAUCUAACUGUAUCUUGUCAUUGGCAAAUGAAGUAAGGGGAAGGAAGUCCAGGUGUGAAUACUGCUGACAAAGAGCCAAGCUCUGCCCUUCUGCCCUGAUAUAGAGAAAAUGAGAAAUAGCUGUGCACCAUGGAGUGGACUCCCAGAAACUCAUGCCUGCCACUUCACCUAAAACAGCAGGUGGUAUACACACAAAUAUAUGUCAUACUGAGACCCACCCUCAAUAUAUACAUGGAUCCUCCUCGUACACCUCUCCUCCCUUUCGGCUCCGAGGAUCCUCAGUCACAGAGCAGAAGCAGAAGUGCGAUCACCGUGUGGAGACUUUGUCAGUAAACCUAAGGAUGUUUGCUUAUUUCAGCAAUGUUCUGAAGCCACCCAGUCAGCAGGUAAAGUGGGCGCAGCGGACUACACUGCUUCUGUUGUGGUUGGAGGUAUGCAAAGCUAACACUGUUCAGGAGACUGUGCAGGCUUGGAAGAAGUAUCAGGAAGAUUGUGAGAUAAGAAUGAGGACGGUUCCUCCACUGGCCGGCGUUUACUGUAAUCGCACAUUUGACAUGUACGUGUGCUGGGGAGAUGCUGCUGCUAACACAACCCACACAGAGUCCUGCCCAUCCUACCUGCCCUGGUACCCACAAGUGAGGGACGGCCUUGUAUUCCGGCGCUGUGGUUCCGAUGGUCAGUGGGUUCGGGAUGAGACAGACAUGCCUUGGAGAGACCACUCUCAGUGUGAGAACAUCGACCCGGAACAGGAUCAGUCACAUCAUCAGGCCUGGAUCCUGUCGCAGCUGCGAGUCAUGUACAGUGUGGGAUACGGCAUCUCCCUGGCUGCCCUUGUGGUGGCGCUCUGCAUCCUGACUCUGCUCAGGCGUCUUUGCUGCACACGGAAUCUCAUCCACUGUAACCUGUUUGUGUCGUUCAUCCUGCGCGCGGUGUCUCUGCUGUCCCGUGAUGCUCUGCUGGAUCAUCCACACUCCACCAUCCACGGCGAGGAAGACCUGAACGCUCUGCUGAGAGAAAGAACCCUGGUUGGUUGUCGGGUGGCUCAAACCAUCACCCAGUACUGUGUAGCCGCCAAUUACUACUGGCUGCUGGUGGAGGGGCUGUACCUGCACAACCUGCUGCUGGUGCUGUCCUUCUCCGAGGAGGCCGCGCUGCCGCGAUACAUGCUGCUGGGCUGGGGGGCACCGAUCCUAUUUGUCAUCCCGUGGGUGGUCAUGCGACAGCUGUAUGAGAACACACACUGUUGGGAAAGAAACGACAACCGCUCGUACUGGUGGAUAAUCCGCUCCCCCAUCCUCCUGGCCGUGCUGGUGAACUUCAUCAUUUUCCUGCGCAUACUGCGCAUCCUGGUCCUGAAACUUCGAGCCAAUCAGAUGAAGAGGAGCGAUCGCAAGUACAGGUUGGCCAAGUCUACCUUGACGCUGAUUCCACUUCUUGGGAUCCAUGAAGCCGUCUUCAACCUAAUUCCUGAGGAAAGUGCAACGGGCCGAGUGAGAUACAGUAAACUUGGCCUGGAACUCCUGCUCAGCUCCUUCCAUGGGCUGCUGGUCGCCGUGCUGUACUGUAUCUGUAAUAAAGAGGUUCAGGCUGAGCUGCGCAGGAAGCUACGAGACACUUUCAGAGGAGAACACCCAUCAUGCACCUCCAGAUCCCUGCGACCCCCCCUCCCAGAAGAGCCCACGCUGCCAAAGACCUGAUGUCUGAGGGGUCAGGGGGCCUGGACCAGUUAAGAGCCCAGAAUAGCCUGUGUUAUCGCCUCCUACUACUUAUUUAUUGUUUGUAUAGUGACUAUAAAGUAAAACCUGCUACAGCGCAGUGA